AUGGCUGGAAGUAUCACUCAGGGGAGUGACAACAAGGUCACGAAUGAAAAGGGGGGCGACUCGAACAUCUUCACGAUGACCGACAGCAGUGGAGGUACACCAAGCGACAAAGAGGUAGAUCUCCUCGCCCAACUCAACGAAGAAGAGAAAGAGAUCAUCGAACGACAACUCGACCUUCCAACCGUCGAAGUGACGUUCACCACCCUCUUUCGCUAUGCGACACGAAACGACCUUAUAAUCAUCGCCGUGAGCUCACUAUGCGCCAUCGCAGGCGGUGCAGCCCUACCGCUCAUGACUCUCAUCCUGGGUAACUUCUCUGGCUCUUUCCAGCGCAUCUUCUACGACGAUAUUUCACAGAGCGAGUUCAGGUCUGAUCUUAGUUACUACUCCCUUCUUUUCGUAUACCUUGCCAUUGCGGAAUUCGUCACCAUUUAUGUUUGUACAUGGGGUUUUGUAUACACGGGUGAGCAUAUCACUGGCAAGAUCCGCGAGGAGUAUCUCAAGGCGCUGCUUCGACAGAACAUCGGCUUCUAUGACCAAUUUGGCGUCGGCGAGAUUACAACACGUAUCACGCAUGACAUGACGCUCGUGCAAGAUGGUAUAUCGGAGAAAGUUGCCUUUGUUUUGACCUCCCUUGCCACGUUUAUCACGGCAUUAGUCGUGGGAUUCGUGCGUUACUGGAAACUGACGCUCAUUCUCACGAGCGGGGUCUUCGCUACCGUUAUCGUUAUGAUGAUGGGCUCCAAGUUCUUCGUCACUGCUACCAUCAAAGGCUUGCAGGCUACUGCUAUCGGUGGCUCUGUUGCGGAAGAGGCUCUUGCUUCGAUUCGUAAUGCUGCGGCGUUUGGGACACAGGAGAAACUUGCGGCGAGAUAUCAGAAGCAUCUUGGUGAAGCCGAGAAAUGGGGUGUCAGAGUCAAGGUUGCGCUUGGCUGCCUCAUCGGAGGUAUGCUUUGGGUUCAGUAUCUUACUUACGGAUUGAGUGUAUGGUUGGGUUCCCGAUAUAUCGUCAGUGGAGAAAUGAACCUCCCCAGCGUCAUCAUCAUCAUGAUGGCGCUUACACUCGGAGCCAACACUCUCGGAACCCUUGCCACGCCAGCUAAUUCACUUGUCACCGGUGUUUCGGCCGCGAGCAAGAUAUUCCAGGUCAUCGACAGAAACUCCCCUCUUGAUCCAUCAUCCGAUACUGGUGAGACUAUCCCAUCACUGAAUGGAGGCAUCGAGCUGCGUAACGUUACGCAUGUUUAUCCUUCGCGCCGUGAGAGGCUCGCCAUGGAUGAUGUGUCCAUCAACAUCCCCGCUGGCAAGGUCACCGCUGUAGUCGGCUCAUCCGGUAGUGGCAAGUCGUCCAUCAUUGGUCUGUUGGAGAGGUUCUAUGAGCCAAUUUCAGGCCAGAUCCUCCUCGAUGGGCAUGAUAUUAAGGAUCUAUCGCUUAGAUGGCUAAGACAGCAAAUGUCGCUAGUCAUCCAAGAACCAGUCCUCUUCUCAACAACAGUCAGAGAGAACAUCUCCCACGGUCUUCUCGGCACCAAGUACGAGAAUGCCCAGAACAAGAACGAACUCAUUUACAAAGCUGCACAGAUGGCCAAUGCACACGAGUUCAUUCAGAAACUGCCCAAGGGCUACGACACACAUCUUGGACAGCAGGGCUCUCUCCUCAGUGUCGGUCAGAAGCAGAGGAUUGCUAUUGCGCGUGCUAUUGUUGGUGAUCCUAGGAUCUUGUUGCUCGAUGAGGCUACCUCAGCUCUUGAUACGAGAUCUGAGGGCCAGGUUCAAGCUGCUCUUGACAAGACCUCCAAAGGACGCACUACAAUUGUCAUUGCGCACCGACUCUCUACCAUUAAAGACGCCGACAACAUUGUUGUCAUGGACCGUGGUCGGGUUGUUGAACAAGGUACCCACGAUCAAUUGGUCGCCUCCAAGGGCUAUUAUUCUAGACUCGUCGAGGCGCAGAAUAUCAGACAAGAAGUCGAGGAGCGAGUUGAGGGUGUGCGUGUAUCAGAUACCGACUAUCCCGACGCGUUGACUGCUUCUUCAAAGCUCGAGAAUGAUGCAGACACGCAGGCUGAAUUGGCACUCUCUGUCCCCUCCGGCUUCCUCCAAGAAGAGCAGCAGACGAAGUACAGCUACAGCGCUCUUGUCAAGCUCAUGGCAUCCUUCAACAAAGCCGAAGCCGGCGUCAUCCUACUGGGUCUUGUCCUCGCCAUCAUUUGCGGCGGUGGUAACCCCACACAAGCUGUCUUCUUAGCCAAGUCGGUCAAUGCCUUAGCAUACCCUCCCAGCCGCUAUGACGAUCUCAAGAGCCAGGCGAGUUUCUGGGCUCUCAUGUAUCUGAUGCUGGCAUUUGUAUUCCUCUUCGCUUUUAUUUCUCAAGGAUGGGCGUUCUCAUACUGCUCUGAGAGAUUGAUCCAUAAAGUCCGUGUCGCUUCGCUUCGAGCUAUGCUGAGACAGGACAUUGGCUUCUUUGACCGGGAUGAGAACUCUAGCAGUACACUUACCGCCUUCUUGUCAACUGAGACGAAGCAUCUUGCUGGUCUUUCCGGUAGCACCCUGGGAACUCUGCUUACCCUGGCGACGACUAUCGUUGCUGCACUGGCAUUGUCUCUUGGCAUUGGAUGGGAACUUGCCCUCGUCUGCGCUAGUACCAUUCCAGUGGUUUUGACAUGCGGUUUCUUGCGUUACAAUGUCCUACAGAAACUCGAAGCCAGAAGCUCAAAAACGUAUGCCGAAUCGGCUGCAUAUGCUUCCGAGCUGACGGCAUCAAUCCGCACCGUUGCCUCUCUCACCAGGGAGACCGAAGCUGUUGAUCACUACCGCGGUAUGAUGGAGAAACAGUUAAAGUCUUCACAGCUUUCUGUCGCCAAGUCCGCCAUCCUCUACGCAGCCUCACAAUCUGUUACUUUUCUCGCCAUGGCGCUCGCUUUUUGGUAUGGCGGACGAAAGGUCGCUUCAAGGGAAUACGACCUGUUCCAGUUCUUUGCCUGCUUCGCUGCUAUCAUCUUUGGGUCGGAAGCUGCGGGUACCUUAUUCUCUCUUACUCCAAACAUGGCCAAGGCUACCAAUGCCGCCAAUGAGCUGAAGCUGCUUCUUGAGAAGAGACCUACUAUCGAUACAUGGUCCAAGGAUGGACUCCACUUGGAGCGCUCUCAAGUUGAGGGAAGAGUUGAGCUUAAGAACAUUCAUUUCACAUACCCAACGCGACCGGAGCGUCCUGUGCUUCAGGGUCUCAACAUGACCAUCAACCCUGGACAGUACGUCGCGAUCGUCGGUAGCAGCGGCUGCGGCAAGAGUACGGUCAUCCAACUUCUCGAGAGAUUCUACGACCCAGCUGCAGGUGAAGUACGACUAGACGGCCGUGACAUCUCAACAUACAACAUCAACAACUACCGCAGCUUCUUAUCUCUCGUAUCCCAAGAACCAACCUUAUACGACGGCAGCAUCAGAGAUAAUCUCAUGCUCGGCACACCUGAAGAGUCCCUCCCGGAGGAAAGCUUAUGGCACGCCCUACAAGAAGCUAACAUCCGCGACUUUGUCACAUCCCUCCCCGACGGUCUCGAAACCAACGUCGGCCCCAGAGGCGCCAUGCUUUCAGGAGGUCAAAAGCAGCGCAUCGCAAUCGCAAGAGCUCUUCUACGCAACCCCAAGAUUCUUCUGCUUGACGAGGCUACGUCUGCUCUUGACUCUGAGUCUGAGCAGGUUGUGCAAGCGGCGCUUGAUGCUGCUGCUGCGGGACGCACGACAGUUGCUGUUGCUCAUCGGUUGAGUUCUAUUCAGAAUGCUGAUAUGAUUUAUUUCCUUGAUCAGGGGCGGGUGGCUGAGCAGGGGACGCAUAGUGAGUUGCUGGCGCUGAGGGGGAGAUAUCAUGACUUUGUCGCUUUGCAGAGUUUGGAUAAUACCGAGUAG